ACCGCCCCCUCCUCUAUCCUCCGGUGCAUAGGACGGAGAGCGCGAAGGAGACGCGUCCGUGCGGAGUUGCCAUCGGUGGGAAUAUUCGUUUAGAGGAAGUCUCCGAAUCCGCCUCGAACGACAAAAAUGGAUGAAAUGGAAGAGGAGUUAAAAUGCCCGGUGUGCGGCUCGUUUUUCCGCGAGCCGAUCAUACUGCCCUGCUCGCAUAAUAUCUGCCUGGCCUGCGCGAGAAACAUCCUUGUGCAGACGCCCGACGCCGAAUCCCCGCAGAGCAGCCGCGCGUCCGGCUCUGGCGUCUCCGAUUAUGAUUACUUGGACCUGGAUAAGAUGAGCCUGUACAGCGAGGCGGACAGCGGAUACGGCUCUUACGGCGGGUUCGUGAGCGCACCGACCACCCCGUGCCAGAAGUCCCCUAACGGGGUGCGAGUUUUCCCCCCUACCGUGCCUCAUCCGCCCCAGGCGCAACACCACCUGCUGCCUCACACCGGCGUCCUGCCGCCGGUCCCGCGGAACUCCUGCCUCACCUGCCCGCAGUGCCACCGCAGCUUGACUCUGGACGACCGGGGGCUCCGGGGCUUCCCCAAGAACCGCGUGCUCGAGGGAGUGGUGGACCGGUACCAGCAGAGCAAAGCGGCCGCGCUCAAGUGUCAGCUGUGCGAGAAGAGUCCCCGCGAGGCGACGGUCAUGUGCGAGCAGUGCGACGUGUUCUACUGCGACCCGUGCCGCCUCCGGUGCCACCCGCCCCGGGGUCCGCUGGCUAAACACCGGCUCGUGCCGCCGGCGCAAGGCAGAAUCAGCCGCCGCGCGAGCCCCCGGAAGAUCUCCACCUGCACCGAGCACGAGCUGGAGAACCUGAGUAUGUACUGCGUCCAGUGUAAGACCCCCGUGUGCUACCAGUGUCUGGAGGACGGCAAACACUCCACUCAUGAGGUCAAAGCGCUGGGGGCCAUGUGGAAGCUCCACAAGGGACAGCUCUCUCAAGCACUGAAUGUUCUGUCUGAUCGGGCCACAGAGGCCAAAGAGUUCCUGGUUCAGCUCAGAAAUAUGGUACAACACAUACAGGAGAAUGGAGUUGAAUUCGAGGCAUGUUUGGUCGCCCAAUGUGAUGCUCUGAUUGAAGCUCUCAACCGCAGGAAAGCUCAGCUUCUCAGCAGAGUGACCAAAGAACAUGAACACAAACUCUCAGUGGUUCGUGAUCAGAUAUCUCACUGCACGGUGAAGUUGAGGCAGACCACAGGACUGAUGGAAUACUGUCUGGAGGUUAUCAAAGAGAACGACCCCAGCGGCUUCCUGCAGAUCUCUGAUGCUCUGAUAAGACGGGUCCAUAUGACGGAGAACCAGUGGGGGAAGGGCUCUCUGACCCCUCGCAUGAGCAGUGACUUUGACCUGACGCUGGACAGCGGACCCCUGCUGCAGACCAUACACCAGUUAGACUUCGUCCAGAUGAAGGUUCCAGCUGCUCCUAUUCUCCAGUUAGAGGAGUGCUGUACUCAAACCAACAGUGCGACUCUGUCAUGGAAGCAGCCGCCUCUCUCCACCAUCGCUGUGGAAGGCUACAUUUUAGAACUGGAUGAUGGGACUGGAGGCCAGUUCAGAGAAGUGUAUGUUGGUAUAGAGAUGAUCUGCACUGUGGACGGUCUGCACUUCAACAGCACUUAUAAAUCCCGCGUUAAAGCAUUUAACUCCAGUGGAGUCGGCCAGUACAGCAAAACGCUUGUCAUGCAGACAUCAGAGAUUGCCUGGUUCACCUUUGACCCUGUAUCGGCCCACCCUGACAUCAUAUUGUCCAAUGACAACCUCACGGUGACGUGUAACAGUUACGACGAUCGUGUUGUCAUGGGCAAUACAGGGUUCUCUCGUGGUGUGCACUACUGGGAGAUGACCAUCGAUCGCUAUGACAACCACCCCGACCCUGCAUUUGGGAUCGCCCGGGCUGAUGUCAUGAAGGACGUUAUGCUGGGGAAGGAUGAUAAAGCCUGGGCCAUGUAUGUGGACAACAACCGCUCCUGGUUCAUGCAUAACAACUCGCACACCAACCGGCGCUAUGGGGAAUGCCUCCAGCGUGACCGGUGUCUGAAGCAUGUGUUAAAACGCGACAAUAUCAUUGGCCGAAGACAGUCCGUGACAUCACUACCAGUGCGACCUACGGAUGGAGGAAUAAGUAAAGGGGCGACUGUGGGUGUGCUGCUGGAUUUCUCUCGUGGGAUUCUAUUGUUUUUGAUAAAUGAUGAGCAACAGGGACCCGUUGCCUUCAACACACUGGAGGGCAUGUACUACCCAGCUAUCAGCCUCAACCGCAAUGUUCAGGUGACUCUUCAUUCUGGGCUGCCUAUUCCUGAUUUUUAUACACCCGGAGAGUCUGAAGCUGCAGGCUCAGUCUGCUGAAGAGUCCUCGACUGAUACACAUUCAUAUACAGACACACACGCACAGACAAGUGCACAUGGAUUCAGCUGUGAGUACUUGCCAGGGGAUUUGCUGUUGACAGUCAUUAAUAUGUUUUAACAAGGUCAGAAAUGUAAAUGGACUUGUUAGGGUCAACUCAACCCUAACUUAACCCUAACCUUAACUCUGACCCUGAUGUAUGUGAGGUAAAUUAUUGGAAUUCUUGAAUCAUUUUUCUCUCUUUCUUACUCUUUUUCUAGAUAUGAUUAUUAUUAUUAUUAUUAUCAUUAUUGAUGUUGUCAAUGUUGUUUUUAUGGAAAAGGUGCUCAUGGAUGUGAACUCCAAGCUUACUGGAUCUUAACAGAGUGUUGUUUCAUGAUAAAAUCCUCUGUGUCAAGUUAAGCUUAGAAAUAAGUUACUGAUGUGUUAGACCUUAGAGGAUGAAUUUUACAAAACGUUCUGUUGCAUAUAAAGGGAAUUUUAAAACUGCAGAUGGGGACAGAAACUAGAGUACAAUAUCUUAUAUUACAGCCUCAUUGCGCAUAUUAUGCCUCAGUUAAUCUUAUAUAUAUAUAUCAAACCCUAUUCUGAAAUUCAAACUAUAAACCCUGACCGAACCCGAUCCCUAAACCUAAACUCUGUCAUAUUACACCUCG